AUCCUUCUCACCACUUCUACAUCAGACAAGCUCCUGUUUCGAGCGUCUUAUCCGAGAUGGAGAAGCUGGUGGCGAAACACAAGAAGAUCCUGUCGGCCUUUCUGCCAAAAGCUGCAUCGACUGCUGUACUGAGUUUCCAAGUAAGCCCACCGAUAAGCCCCGUGGGUAAAGCAUCUUCGUCCUCCACUUCUCCCAUCGCCGUAUCCUUGUUUCCAAAGGAAGCUCCGAGGAAGUCCAAGAAUGGAAGCUUCGAUGCACGUGAGCCAGCGUCCCCAAAAGUUUCAUGCAUGGGCCAAAUCAAAAGCAAAAAGAAAAAGAAAAAACAAGGUGCUACCCAAUCUAAGGUGGCCUCUGCCUCGCAGGAAGAAGUGGAGGGGAAACGGGGAUUAAUUAAAGGGACAAAGCGUGGCGAUAAAGCUAGUGUUUCGGAUUCCCAGGCAAAGAUUGCCGAAGCUACAAAGGUUCCUUCACUUGGGAAGAUGAAGCAAUUCUCGAGCGCACGUGGCACGUUAUCGGAUUUCGAUUGGAGGGCUUGUGAUGCAGCACCUGGCAGCGUCACCAAUCCUUUGUACGAGGAAAAGGAAGGGAGAAGAGAAAAGGUUGAUGAGAAUGGAGUCGACGUAGUUGAAGAAAGAGGAAAAGCAAAGUUGUGGAAUAGAAGAACCACUGCACGUCUAACUCCACUUCAAUUGUAA